CGCUGCUGCCGCUGCUGCUGCUGCUGGGGCUGCUGGCGGAGGCCGGAGGAUCGGGCGGCGGCGGCGGCGGCGGCUGAGAGGGCGGCGGCGGGAGCGGAGCGGGACGAGGGAGAGAGAGGAAACGAGCGAGGAGCGAGCGGAGCGCGCCCAGCCCCGCCCGCCCUUCCGCUCGCCGGAGCGGCUGCAGCAGCCCGGGCCCCCAGCCGCCGCCGCCGCCGCCCGCCCGCCCGCCGGACAAAGCCCGAGAGCCCGCGCCCAGAGCCAUGUCCUCGUCCGCCGGCAGCGGCCACCAGCCCAGCCAGAGCCGCGCCAUCCCCACCCGCACCGUGCCCAUCAGCGACGCCGCGCAGCUACCUCAUGACUAUUGCACCACGCCCGGGGGGACGCUCUUCUCCACCACGCCGGGAGGAACCCGAAUCAUUUAUGAUCGAAAGUUUCUGUUGGAUCGUCGCAAUUCUCCCAUGGCUCAGACCCCGCCCUGCCAUCUGCCCAAUAUCCCAGGGGUCACCAGCCCUGGCACCUUAAUUGAAGACUCCAAAGUAGAAGUAAACAAUUUGAAUAACUUGAACAAUCAUGACAGGAAGCAUGCGGUUGGGGAUGAUGCUCAGUUCGAGAUGGACAUCUGACCGCCUGCAGGAGCGGCAGGAGAGCAGCAGCGCCAAGGCCGGGCGCACUGGAUUGGGCCCAUCAGAUCAACAACGAACGGACAGAAGGGGCAGCCAGCAGUCCCAUUGCAGCCCCCAAGUCCCCCUCUUCCUUGCUCUGGGUGCCAAAUGAUGCGCAGAUGAGCUUCAUCUGACUGUUUCCUCUCCCUCUUUCCUGUCCCCCUUCCCAGUUACACAGAUUCCAUCCAAGGUCCUUGGCAUAUUUCCGUAGACCUAAGCAGCCUACAGAGGAAAACAGUUAAACUCUGGCUUCUGUAGUCAUUUGAGAAAGACAGUUGAGAAAACCUAGCCUCCCCACACUCCCUCCACCCCACCCCCCAUUUUUUAAAAUCCCAAAUCAAAUAUCAACCUGCCCACAAUUGCUUGGCUGGGAAGUCUGGGGAAGUGACACAGGUGUGGUGGGUUUGGCACUGUCCACGUCCUGACCCCCCGCCUGCCCUCCCUGUCUCCCCUCUGUGGCUCAGAGCUGCAGGAGUCUGGGUCUCAGGUCUUCACACGUCAGAGGGGGUGAGAAUGGCGAGAGCCACUCUCCUCGUCCCUCGAGACAUUUGUCCUUCGGGUUAGAGCGUGGUUUGUACAGCUCUGCUGGCAUCACCCUGCCACGCUUUCUGAGACCCACUUUGGCCUGCUCCCCCUCCUUCCUCCGGCACGAAUGUCUUCUGUCUUUAAUGUUCGAGUGCCGCUUCCCGGUCCUUCACUUAGCACAUCUGUGCAGAAAGUGUGGGCCCCACCUGAGGGGGGAGUCCUCGGGAAGCAGCGGGGCUCUCCUCUCCUCCCUCCCUGCUGGCGUCCCACUGCCCGCUGUCCCCUUGUAUCUGAGCCCCCCGGGUGAUUCUGCCACUCCUGCAACGGGCCUGUCCAAGCGAUGGGUGCUGUGGGGGAGGCCUGGUCAUAGCGGUCUGCUGGGUGAUCCUGCAGAAUGACCUGGGGAGCGUGCUGAACCGGGUGGGUACUCAGCCUCAGCAGUCCUUGCUUCCUCGUCCCCUGAGCUCCGAGAUACUCGCUGUCUCUGACCACAGGGUCUUAUAUUUGAGUUUAAAAGAUGACUUUCAGAAUGCUCUUGGAAGAGAGCCAAACUUUUUUCCUUUGUGGACCUGCCGAGACUGCUGGGAUGGAGAAGCACCGGCUCGAAAGUGGGUUCUCCCCAUUCUCUUGCCUUCCCCGUCGUACUCAGAGUUGUCCCUCUCUCUCCCUCCGUCUGUCCCUCCCUCCCACCUCUUUCUCUGCCAGGCCAUUUUUCAAGUACACAUCAAAGAUACCUCAAGCGUUGGUAUCUGAUAAUAUCUCACUCCUCUUAUCUGAGGAGUGAUCUUUUAUUUUUAAGAUGACUACAGACCUAUUUUUAGAUAUGUUUUCAAUACGAUUUUGAGCAGCAACUUUUUAAUUACACAUCUUUGGUAUUAGGAAGGUGAGAAAUGUCCAUGGGCGAGUCUGCUGUUCCAUGUUACCAUCCUUUGUCCCCCCCCCCCCCCGAGUCCCUGACGAGCUCUUUGCUUCUCCCUCUAGUUUUGGGUGUGCAUGUUUGCAGUUUGUAGCGGGUGGUGUGUCAAACUGGACCAUUCUGCCUUGCCGUGGCUUGUUCACCAGAACCUUGUUCUUUCCCCUUCCCCUUUGCUUUUUCAUGUCCCCACCACCACCCUCCCGACCGUUGACUGGUAUAGUAAUCCCGGGAGAGUGACACCCCCCACCCCCGCCCGACCCCCAUAGAAAGACUAACACCUCUGUCCUCCUGGAACAACAAGUAAAGUAGCCGCUGGUGUUCUGGGGAUUUCUGGUCGCAUUCGGUGCCCUGAACCCUCUCAUUGAGAGACCACAUCCCAGGGUGAUAGUAACAGGCCAACCGACUAAGAAAGCGAGCUGUUUGUUUUUCUUUUGAACUAUGAAAAGACCCUGUUUAUGAACACCUUUUAGACAGAAGAAAGGAAGGCCGUCCAGGGAACUUUGUUCUGUUUUCUACUAUAAAAUGUGAGUAGUUCAGAGUGACCCUUUUGUGAUGGUUGAUGUUUCUCAGGAAUAAGCUGGAUUUCCAAAAUUUGGGGGAUGUUUUCAAUCUCAAAAAUUGAUGAUCAUAAAAAGUAUUUUCUUGUUGGUUUCAUGUAUCCUAUUCUGAUUGUAAUUAAACUCCCAAAUUUCACUUUC